AUGAAGUUCACGUCCUUCGCCGCGUGGGCGGCAGUGCUCCUGGCUGCAGUAGUCCAGGCCGAUGGCUCCUCUUCUUCAGCUUCUUCGUCUCCCUCUGCAUCUAAAACAACAACCACAACUACGUCCAAGAACUCUACAGGCACUACCUACCCGACCAAGUCGGGUAUUGAGAUCUGGGUGGACCCGGACACGCCCAAAGACCGUCAGACGUACACAAGUUCUCGUGGCCGCAAGUGGGACCUCGUCAUGAGCGACGAGUUCAACAUGAAGAACCGCAGCUUCCGGCCUGGCGACGACCACAUGUGGACUUCUCUGGACAAACCCGACGGUGUGAACGGCGCCCUCGAGCUCUACUCGCACAACAUGACGGGCACCAAGUGCGACGGCGACGACUGCUACUUCUUCAUCGAGGUCAAGGACGAGGUGGACCAGAUCCACGUCUACAACAUGUACACGAACCCGCCCGGAUACCAGGACGUCGACUUCUUCUACCGCGCCGCCAUGGUGCAGUCCUGGAACAAAUUCUGCUACCAAGGCGGCAUGCUCGAGGUGAGCGCGCAGCUCCCCGGCGCCGUAACCAAAGAAUCAGGCAACCCGGACCUCGCGCUCGGUGCUUCAGGUAAAGUCCAGUCGACCAGGUACUACCCGACGUGGCCCGGUAUCUGGAUGAUGGGAAACUUAGGAAGGGCUAUCUUUUCCGCGUCGACGAACCGCAUGUGGCCAUUCUCCUACAACCGCUGCGAGCCCGACGUGUUCAACCCGGAGAAUCAGCGUAUCAGCGCCUGCAACGACAACCCGGGCUACGGUAUGCACCCGAACCAAGGCCGUGGAGCUCCUGAGAUCGAUAUCCUCGAAGGAGGAGGUCUGGCCAUCUCGUCGUCGCUGCAGAUUGCUCCCGGUAUGCCGGACGACUACCGACUAUUCCCCGCUGACCCUGACGGAGCCGAUGUGGCCAACCCGUACUGCGUGUUCACGUACGACUGUAAGACGCCCGGCGCCAACAUGAUCGACGUCCCGACCGCUUACUACCAGAAGGAACGCGGCCACAGAUCCUGGUAUCAGGGACUUCGCUACGCGUCCAACAACUUCUGCGCGCAGAACGCGACGGAAAAGCAAGACUACACCACGGUGGCCGCUUCCGUGAAGUCUGGCAUCAAGGAGAACACGUGCACGCCCAAGACGUGCCCCGCGUCCAAAGACGCCAACAGCGACUUGAGCUUCAUCGACGACACCAAGAAAUCCCACUGGGGCAUCAACUCGAACGGCACGUGCUUCCCCAUUAUGAACUCGUACACUGGAGCUUACCUGUGCGACCCGGACAACACCGACUCGCACUGCUUGAGCCCUCGCAACUCCACGACGCCCAAGACGAACUCGAUGAGCGCGUUCAACUAUCAGAUGGACGCCAUUUCAUCGAACUGGCCCAUUCACUUGGGCGGGUAUCUGGAUUACCUCGUGUACCAAGUCGAGUGGGUCACGGGCGAGAACGGCUACGUGCGUUGGAUGCUGGACGGCAGCCCCAUCUUCGAGGUCACCACCGACGCGUUCUCGAACGUCCCGCAGAGCUCCAAGAAGGACAACCCGCAGAAGGUCAUGCUGGAGGAGCCCAUGUACCUCAUCUUCAACGUGGCGCUGUCGAGGUCGUGGGGUACGACGCCGCCCAACCCUGGCGCUGAGUGCCGCGGCGACGGGAACGACCCCGUGGCCAACGCCAUCUGCGAUGCCUUCCCCAUGUACAUGAAGAUCGACUACAUCCGGCUGUACCAGGACCGAGGCGACGACCUCGAGGCCGACAACUACAUGACCAUCGGCUGCGAUCCGGCCACGCACCCGACCAAGAAGUGGAUCGACGCGCACAUUGACGAGUACGUGGACGACGACAACCCGUGGAAGGAAGUGUCGGGCAAGGCCUUCUGCACGGCCGACAGCGACUGCACGAUCGGCGGCAACGUCGGCACGACGGCACUCAAGACUGGCAAGUGCGUCAAGAACCGCUGCCAAUGCACCUACUCGACGUCGUGGGGCGGGCCGCGAUGCACCACCGCCCUGGCCGGGUCCACGAGCACAAGCACCAGCAGCCUGGCCAGUCGCGCGUACGGGCCGCCCAUGGGUCUGUCCAUGGCUCUCGCCGGCAUCAUCGUCUUCCUGUCGUUCGUGUCGGUGUACAUGUCGAUGCUGUCGGCCAAGAAGCAGGCCGCGGCCCUGGUCAAGUCGGCCGCUCAGGCCAAGAUGGCUUCGAGCAUGAUGGACGACGGCCACAACAACUCGACCAACCAGAGACCAAAGGACAACUACAGCCAGAACUUCGUCUAA